AUAAAUUUAGAAAAAAUCUUGUAGAAAACUUUUUGGUUUUCAACGUUUUUAAUUUUAAGCUGAAACAUUGGAUACAUCUGAAUUUAAUUUGUUUCGGGGCCCAUAUUCUUUAUCCGGCAGGCUUGCGUCUGCGCAGCUGUAUGACGCAGCAACCUAGCUGUCCCUCUUUCCGCUAGCACAUUGGUCUUGUUUAUAUUUUUAUUUGCAAAAUCUAUGGAGGGAAGAAAUUGCGUCAGUGUGUAUACGUAUACGUUAUGUAUUAUCUUUGAGAACUACGCUCACUGGAAACAUAAUUAAAUUAUUGAAGCAAAGAAGUGGGUUGCCAUAAUUCAUAAACUUAUCAAAAAACAAUAUUUAAUUAUGCUGAUAUUGCUAAUCCUGCAAGUGGUCCAUAGCAAGGAAUAGUAACGAAUCGAUUUUACAUCCCUUAAAUCGAUUAUUAAUAAUUUUGGGCAAACUUUGGUAAUUUCCUUGAGAUUGAGUUUUGGACCUCCCCUCGGGUUUCCUCCUGUCAAUUUUGUGCAUAAAGUUAUAAAAAAUAAAUGAUAAUUAUGUCCAAAAAUCGUUCUUUAGGAUAGACUCAAACUUUCUCGUCCUAUUUGAACCCUAGGAUAUCCUGCAAUAUAUGUUUAAUCUCUUUUGUAAAAUUGGAAUCCUUAGAAGGAUUUUAGUUUUUGCCAUUAACUCAAAUUUCUAAUCCCUAUAUCUUUUAAACCUGAUAAUGUAAUCCUUUGAUAUUUCAAACUUAGAUUAUUUGAUCUAUCAGAAGUCAGUGUGAAUUAUUUAAAGUCUCCGACAUUGGGCUGUAAUAAAGAUAUAAGGAUUAGAAAAUGGCAUAGACUCACUUUAUUCCUUUGUUGGUCUUCGAAAUUCCUAUUAUGACAAAUAUUAAGUUUUGUGAAUUUAACUUAUAAAAAUCAUGGCUGUUCAAUUUUAGAAAAACAAUAUCAAAAUGGCAGUGUAGUUCUGGGUAUUGGAGUAGGAUGGAACUCGACGAGAACUUGGAUGAGGUGUCGGGGAAGAUCGUAAACUUUAACAGAGGUUUAGGAUUCUUCAGCUUCGUCAAGGACGGUACGGAGCAGAUAUGUAUGUUCCGACCAAAUAAGAUUCUUGUCGACGGUCAGAAGAUCCCGGCUAGUAAGAUAAAAAAUGUUGAACAGCUUAACAAGUAUAUUGUUGUCGGAGAUAAAAUCAGCGCUGUUAUUCGAAUAUCUACCGAGGUUCGAGCCUAUUCCAUCCCGGACCGUUCUGGGACGGAUGUAACCAUUUCUCCGGGUUGGGUUGCAAACCAGGUCUGGAAAGGAGAGAAACCAACUGAGUCAGGACGAAUUCAGACAGAAACUAAAGAGCAAGAGAUUAUCAUUGACAAUGUUCCGGGGAAAAUUAUAUUUAAUCAGAUGGCAACCGGGACAGCUCGUGGUGGUACGAGUCCAACCUUGAUUGCAUUUAAGAAUCCAGAGGGAGAGAAGGACCUGGCAAUGUUUAGGCAUCCCAGAUACUUCUUCUGGGAGGGGAAGAGGAUCGAACCAAAGGAUUACAAGAAGUGGAGUCAGGAUUAUCAGGUUGAAGUUCAUUUCACCGCGGUUUAUACUCCAGGACUAAAGGAGUUCUCCGCCAAGAUCGAGGAUAAAGAGAACGAGCAGGGGAUGCAGGAGGAGGUGAAGUUCAACCCAAACUGGAGAGCAAAACUAGUCUGGGUCGGAGAUAAACCAUCAGAGGCAAUGAUUAUGGAGGAUUCAGAGAAGAAGCAAAAGUCAGAGCGUGAAGUUUUCCUUGAUCUGAUCCAGGGUUGCGAGUACAUGACGACCAGGGUAGAAAAGAUUCUAAACAAGAACCAGGGAAUUCUCACACUGAGGAAUAUAAAUGUGAUUUUUCAUAUUGAACAAUUAUCAAUAGAUGGUCUCCAAUAUACUACUCAGGAGGAUUUACUAAAAAUCCUUCAACCCGGAGAAACUUUGUUUUGUUACGCCAAGCAUGCAAAUCCGCCAUAUAAGAUAGAAAACUACUCAAUCGACUACGAAGCAACUCAAGUUUGGAAAGGUCGGAGAAAUCUUGGCUCCUUGACCCCUGCAGAUGAGGAUGGGAAAGCUAAAUGUCCUAUUCCUCUACCGACCGAAGCCACCCAUCACGACGUGGUAGGGAGAGUUGUUGAAAUCGAAAGCAAUGUUAUCUACGCAGUGAUCAAGACGGAGGAUCCAAGUUUACGAGGUCAAAAAGUUUUAAUCAGUAGAAACCGGCUUUAUGUGAACGGAAGUAAACUUAAGUUCAAGGAUAGUCUAGCGGACAUCAUUUCCCUGGAUGAUACAAUCCUAUUCGACAUGGUUCUAGCAAACCCGGAGCAGUCGAAGAGCACUUACAACUGGCUCGCUGUGCUAUCAUGGACGGGAAGUACUCCUGACAGGACGGAAAUCAACGAGGAACUCGCGAAGAAAACAGAAUCGUAUCGAGCUAAGGUUCUUGUUUUCUAUGAACAGAAAGGAUUAGGAUAUACGGAGGGUGUUGCACAGAUUAUUGGUGGUCCUAAUAGAAUCGGAGAACGGGUCCACUUCUCCAGGGAGGGAACCUAUGUGUUCGGAGCUACCAUGAGAAGGGCAGAUCUUGCCUACGUGCUCAAGGUAGGGGAUAAGAUACAGGUUGAUAUUACAGAACUUCCUGCACCAAUUACAAAGUUUGGAGCUGAAGUGAAGUUCGUUGCCUCCCUAACAUGGGUCGGUCCUGCGCCAAAAAUGGAUGUAAACCUUGAAGAUUUCCCGUACUAUGUUGGAGGAGUUAUUUCACCAUUUAUUCUCAAACGUGGCUUAACGGAGGAAUCUUUCAAGCAAUUAAUAAAGGGGCAGCUCCCUCCUAAAGCUGGAAAACUGUCUCCGGUUCCUGAAUCCAAACCAGUCUCUCUCCCGCCCAGUAUAACGGAGGGGAGAGUGGUGGAGUUGAAGAAACCUGAACCCGGAGUUGUGAGUGGAACUGAACACGGGAUACUGAGGAUAGAUAAUGGUCCCUUUGCUCAAGAAAAGGCAUUUUUUAACCGUAAUUCAUUAUACUGCUGGGGGUUCAACUGCUCCAAGGCUGACCUAAUGUAUCUGAUAACAGAGAAUGACCGACUCCGGAUUGAGGUUCAGGACGGAACAAACAACAAGGCAGUUCCAUUCAAGGUUACAUCGGCCUGGAUCGGUCCUCAUCCCCACGAGAAGAACAAGGAGUCCGUGGCUAUGGCCGGGAAUCUGUACUUCGUCAAGUGGUUAAAAGAUCACAAUCUAACCGUUGAAGAGUUCCAUAAGGUGGUCAGAGGAGAGAUCAAUCCUAAACCAUUCUUCCCUCUACCCGGUGAAUGCCACCAGGCCCGGCUUGCGAGUUUAUUGCCCGGGCAUAUGGGUUCAGGUGGAGGAGCUGAUGCGGGCAUCCUAAGACUGUGUCAGAACCCCGCUAACUCUAAGGACGGACGGAAAGCUCCGGAGGUUCUGUUUGAACGAGACUCCUUCUAUCUCUGGAACGUAUUGAUAGAUAAGGGAGACCUGAGCUACGUGAUGAGUGAGAACGACAAGUAUUUUGUCGAGGUUACAGAUCUUAUUGGGAAAGAAAAGAAGAAGUGGCAGACCCGACUCGGUACAACGAACAUUCCUAAAUUUAUCGCAACUAUAGUUUAUGUCGGCGGGGGUCGACCGAAACCAGACAAAAUAAACGAAAUUUCCUCCAAUAGUAAUCUUCUUCAAUGGUUAAAAAAGCGGAACAUGGAUGUUACACUGAUUGAACAGUUAGUAAAAGGACAACUUCUUCCUAAGAAUGAGAACGGAGAAGAUGUUUUCUCCCAAGCUUAUCCUGGCGGUUCGGGGAAGGAUACAUCCCCGUUCAAUAAUCCCGCCACUCCGCGUCACCUACCGUUUAAUCCGCAACUUCAAGGUUUUCAAACCUCUGUCCUCAACAAGGCAAUGAGCUUGACACAGAGAACUAUGAGUUUACAGUCUGCUGAGGAUCCUGAUGUUCAAAAUUUAAUCCUAGACGACUCAGACGCCCAACUCGCACUUUUCCUUUCUAAAACAUUAACCAACGCUAUCAUGAUGUACCGUCAAGGUCCUGGUCCUAUUGGACCUCCCCGGAAACCAGGUUCUAAUGGACCCCCGCGAGGUCGGGGCCGAGGAGAAAUGAGUGAGUUCUAUCCUGAGGGUGGAUUAAGUCGAGGAUUAUUGUCAGGACGUGGAGAAGGAUUGUAUGGAUUAGCUAAACCACUAUUAGAUUACCCAAUGAAUGGUGUUGAACCACCUCCCAAGAGGAAAUUUGAAGCGUGGUAGAAGCGUUUGAUUUAUGUGGAUUGUUUAUACCAGUUAGUUUUCUUAUUCUUAAUACUUGUUGAUACUUUCAGAAA